AAGAAUGUUUCCAUGUGUGUGCGUAUUAUAAUUUUUUUUUCUGUCUAUAGAAUUAAUGUUUGGUUCAAUAUUGUUGAUUUUAUAUAUACAACUUUUGGUUGAACUAUCCAAAUAAUAUAAAAGUCUUGGAUGGCCUGAGGGCCAAAUCAUCAAUUGUGCACCUGAUUGGGUUUAGCCACAAGUAAUUAAAUUGAGAGAUCUUAUGUUGGCUACAUUUAUAAAUAAUUUAUAUCAGGAAGAUCCAGAGUAAAUAUUUAUUAAGAAAAAUUGCCAAAAGGUUAAUAAUGUCUUUAACGUAAUCCAUCUUUUGAGCAUGUGGAUCGCUGAGUGCCAUAUUGUGAUCUUGAGUACUGUUUGUGAAUGAAAGACCCUCCCACGUCCACCAGAGCAACAUAUAAACCCUGUAGUCUCCGUGCGCACUCACAUGUUAAAAGAUACGCAGACGCGUGACCAUUGAGAGUCUCGUGCGUAAAACUGCACCUACUUAACCUGAACUAGUUUAAAACUCUAGAAAAAGGAAGAAAAUGCCUGUCCUUACAUUGAACUUAAGCGAUGUAACUUUGGAGAUGGGAGCAACCGGAGAUGAACCCCGGGAUGAGCAUUUAGCUCAAGUUGAGAUCGCGCUGCUGAGCGUCAUCUUUCUUUGCGCAUCAUCUCUGAACUUUGGCCUGCUUCUGGUUCUGUGGAGGAAGAGACAGCAGAUGUCCAGGAUGCGCGUGUUUGUGAGUCAUCUCUGCUUGGCGGACCUGGUGGUCGCCUUUUUCCAGGUGUGUCCACAGCUGAUGUGGGACAUAACCGACCGCUUCAUCGGUCCUGACCUCGUAUGUCGUCUGGUCAAGUAUCUGCAGAUCGUCGGCAUGUUCGCCUCCACUUAUAUGAUAGUUGUGAUGACCGUUGACCGUUAUCAGGCGAUCUGUAACCCCAUGGUGACUUUCCGGAGGCGACGCGCGCGCUGGAACCUGCCGGUGUGCGUCGCGUGGCUCGCGUCUUUCGUCUUCAGCGUCCCGCAGCUGUUUAUUUUCUCCAGGGUUCAGAUCGCUCCGGGGGUCUACGACUGCUGGGCACAGUUCAUUCAGCCGUGGGGACCUAAAGCGUACGUGACGUGGACGACACUGGUGAUAUUUCUGGUGCCCAUCGUGACCGUGACGGUGUGCCAGGUGCGCAUCUGCCGCGCGCUCCAGAUCAACCUGUACCUGAAGACCCAGCAGCAGCAGCAGGGUCGUGGUGAAGGACACCCCCUUUCAUCCAGGACCAGCAACGUGGCGUCGGUGUCCAAGUCUCGAAUUAAGACCGCGAAGAUGACGGUGGUGAUCGUGCUCGCCUACACCGUGUGCUGGGCUCCGUUCUUCACCGUUCAGCUGUGGUCUGUGUGGGACGCCGAAGCUCCGACCGAGACUGCCACCUUCACCAUCCUCAUGUUGCUGGCGAGCUUGAACAGUGUUGCCAACCCAUGUAUCUACCUGCUGUUCACUGUGAAGUUCCCCAAACUGGUGGGAACUCUCCUGUGCAUGAAGCAGACAGACUUGAAGGAGUCACUCCCCGAGGAGGCUACAAUGGUCAGCUCUCUGUAUCUGAGCUUUAAAAGCCACUCUGACAUACUGUGAAAAUAAAACACUAUCAAACAUGUCCAAAUGCCAUGAACGUGUACCAUGUUAAUAUUCUUCAAAGUAUGUAGGGGUACAUGUAAAUAGUACAUGCGUAUGGUUCAGUACUACUGUAUAUAUCACAGUACCAUGAUGUUACCAUCUGAUACAUCACUGUCCAUACCAGUGCCAUCACAGUACUUCUAUGUAAAGAAAAUCACUGGCAUCUCAAUGUGAAUUGUAUCAAACAGCUUUGGAGGUUUAUGAUUCUUUUUUACACUGAAUUAAUGUUAAACUCCAAUUUUAUCCCCUGCCGAUCCUCCAUUCCUUUCAUUUGCCCCUAAAAAGAUUUUAUUUGUAUUAUUUUCUUUUUCCAAAACUGGUCACAGUCACUGAUUUUUGUUAUUCCUAUUAUUUAACUGUACAUAGCAAGUAGGAAAAUAAAUAGCUCACAGUGUGUGGUGUUCUAAUCACAAUCACAGUGGUGUACAAAAUACAGUGUGUUUAAAUAUUGAGAAAAACAUCUGACUACUUGUGUGGUGGAUUUUGUUUUGAAAAUGCCUGUACAUGGCCACUGUUCUAUGUGUCAAUAAAGUGCUUU